AUGGAAGAUAAAAUACAUAAACUUUUUGCAUUAUUCAAUGAUUUCAAGAAUCAGUAACUCUUUAGCUUGGCUUUGGCUCAAAUAGUGAAUGUAUAUAAUGAUUACCCUGCAUGUCUCUAUUAAAUAUUAAGAAAAACAAACAAAUUAAUAUAUUCAAGAGCCCAAGAUCCUCGUCUUCGUUUAGAGCAUUCUUAGAUCGCCGCUGCAAUAAUCGAGAGAACCUAUAAGAUAUACAAGUAAUUUAUUUCUGAAUAAACAUAGCGAACGACUUGAAGAGUAUUUAUUAUCAUCAUCUAAUGACUCCAUCCCUGAAAAUUUAUUUCAUUUUGAACCAAUAUUAGAUUAAUCGGUUGAUGAUACAAUGCAAUAAGAGUAAAUUUGCGAUUACGAAGAAAUAAAAUCAAACAUUAAGCUAAAAAGUGAAUAAAUUGAUUUCAUUCAUCUCAUCAAUGAUGGAAGUGCAAUUCUGGGGAAAGACAUGAAGUAUUUAAAAAGAUCAUAAGAGAAUAAAAAUUAAAAAUUAGAUGAUGAAACACUUGACAUUAAAUAAGAAGAAAUUAUGAGAUUAAUGGGUUUGUCUGGGAAUUUUAAUCUUUCAAAUAUUACCAGAUUGUUAGAAUUUAUGUAAGGAGAUGCAGAGAUACCAAUUGACAUGCAUUCUUCAUCUGAAGAGAUCGUUGAGAGUUCUAGUGAUGAUGAUGCAGUAGGUUAAUACAGGAAAAGGAAUAAAACUAAAGCCAAAUAACCAGAAACUAAUCUAAAAAAGAAAUCAUAGGUAUAAAAGAAGAAUUAAAAUGCGAAGUAUUGUGUAAUAAAUCCUUUUAAUGUCAUUUACAAUAGAGCAGUUUAUGAAUUAAUGAAUCAUAAAUGGUAGGAAAGACAUGCAAGUGCUCUAGUUUUGAAAUCGAUUGUUAGACAAAAAGGAUUUUUAAAUUUAGGAUUUAGUUAUUUAAUAAAAGGUGAUGAAAAGGAAAUUAAUGCCAUUUUGAGAGCCAAUUUAAUAGAAUAUAUUAGUGAUAAGAAUGGUUAAUUAAAUAAAUUAGAAUAUUUAUUAACAAGAUGUUGUGUAUUAAUUGUGAUGGAUCGAUUUGCAGACUACUUUGGAAAUCAAACUAUCAUGAUUGUAAGAGAAGCAGCAUGUUAAACUGCUAUCACACUUUUAACAGAUAGAAAUUACAACACUAAUAUUUGGAUUCAUUAUCCUGAUAGUUUUAUGAAGUUUGUUUUAUUAUUGAAGGAUUUCAUUGAGGAAGGCUAAAGAGUCUAAAUAUAUGAAGUCUCUUAAAGUGCUUUAUUCUUAGUUAAAGGUUUAUUGAAGGAUCAUUUGUAAGUGAUUUUUGAUAAUUUCUCAGAAAUGCUUUUGUAGGUUGGUUAAAGAGACAAUGAAGAUGAAAUUCUUGAAUUAUUGGCAGAUAUAUGGAAGGAAUUCCUAUAGUUAGGUUUGAAUCAAAAAUAUUUUACCACUGUUUAUUCUAUUACCAUGAAGUAACUAAAGAAAUAAGAUGAUAUCAGUUUUGCAGGCAAAUCAAUAUUCUAAUUUUUAAGUUCACUUUUUCAAGCUGGUUUUAAAAUACAGAAACAGUUUUAAGGGGAAGUUGAAAUUCUGAAAAUGUUCUUCUUUCAUAGAAUUGUAGAAGUCAAAGAAUCCUUUUAUUAAUAUUUAUUAGCUUUUUCAAAGUAGUAGACUUAAAUUUAAAAUGAUUCUAGAACCAUAAACUUCAUGAAAAUCAUAUUUUAGACUGGAGUGUUUGAAGAGAAACUUGAGACCUUCCAAACUUUAAUGAACAUCCUUGAACAAUUAUCCAAACAUUUAGAAGAAGAAUAACUAUAUGAAUUUAUUUAAUUUGUCCACAAUUUCUCUACUGAUCAUCAAUUUAAGAAAUAUUUUUAUCUCUUUGAUGGUAUGAAACGAGAAUCCAUAGAUAUACACUAUCCAAAUCUAGUUCAAUAAACUUAAAAUCCUAUUGAUAAUUAGACUUAUAGAAUGAUAAAGACUGCUUAUUUGAUAAAAGAUAUCAAUUAUAAUCAUUAAAUAACUGUUGAUUUAGAUCCGAUUAAUUUUAUAUACACUUUCAAAAAUUACAUAAAUAAUAAAAAAGAGCUAAAUCAAGAAGUGGAUAUUACUCGUUAAAAUGGAUGUUGUUUUGAUGAAUUGGAUCUCAAAAUUCAAGUAUCAAUGUAACAGUUGAAUAUAUUAUUGAAAAACUAUAUGUAAAUUGAGAAAGAACAAGAAUAUUUAGCAAUUAUAUAAGGAUUUGUAAAAAUUUAUGGAGAUUUCGCAAUUGCCCCAGCUCAUUCACCAAAGCUGAGAUAAUUAUAUCCUGUUAUUCUAAAUUAACUUAAGUAGUUGAGUCAAAUUGACUAUGAGAUGGAUUAAGAAUCGAUAUAGAAAUUAUAAGAUGCAACAUCAGAUUUAGUCUAGAGUCUAUAAUCGUUUACCAAAUUGAGCAAUGAGUUAAGCUUGAAUUUUAAGGUAUUAACUUCAGAUCACACUGAAUCACUAAUUUAAAGAAUAAGGUAAAAUAAUUAUUUAUUUAAGAAUAGACAAAUUUCAUUUAAUAUAGGAUAUUGCAUCAGAAAGAUUAUCCAGAUAGAUGUAAUUAAAUCCAAACUGUUGUGAUUUAACAUCUCUUUAUGUUAAAUAGAGUACCUAAUAAGCAGUCUAAUAUAUCUUAUCAUAGAAAAAUGAAUUGAAAAGUAUGAUAUAAAAUGAUAUUUUUAGGAAAGGACUAUGGAAGAAAAAGGUUGAUUUGGCAUUUGCUUAAAAAUUCAGCUGAUUUCUAAUUUUGGCAUCUCUUCUUUGAGAGGCUUUUCUUAUAGCAAUUAAAUUAUAUACCAAAUGAUCUAAGAUUUAAUUCAACUCUAAUAACUUAAAAAUCUAAAUUGACAAUAAAAGUAGAGGAUUUGAAAUACAGUUUAUGGGGAAUAGGUCUGAUAUAAAAUGCGUACUCAUUAUUCAUGUAAAACCCUGAACAUCCUGAUUUUGACAAAUGGGCCCAAUACUUAUUGUCAAAAUUAUUAAACUAUUUACCAGUGUUAAGUAAUAUAAGUGAUGACGAUAAUAAUAAAAUAAUUUUGGAUGAUCUGAAGGGUGGAAUAUUACUAGAAUUCGAUUAAACAUUUAAAAAGGUAGCAGUAUUAAAAAAUACUUUACUUAAACUGUGUGCUAAAUUUAUUCAUUUCCUAUCUGUUUCAAAGAAUAUUAGUGUAUUCGAUCAAGUGAUAAUGCAAAUAAAUUAACUGCUGAAAAGAAAUGAAAAUGGGAUGUAUGAGAUUUUGAAUAUAAUUUUGAAAGAAUAUCCAAUCUCAUUAGCACCUAUUAGUGGUUUUCUAACUUUGAAAGCUAUCAAAAAGUUGACUGCGAAAGACCCAAAUACAGCCUAAGCAGCGAGCAAGUUGUUUGGAUUUUUAGUGCCCAUAUUAACUAUAAUGGAAGUACCAUAUUCUCCAACAUCCCCAUAAUUAAUGAAAAAAUUUUAAAAGGCUAAGGAAUUUUAAUUAGGAUUUGGUAAGAUGACCAAAGUUGAUUAUAAAGUUGAAGGCGGAAUAAAAGAUCGUAGCAUUUUAAGAGAUUAUUAAUGGGACGGUAUAAGAUGGUUAGGAUUUUUAAUUAAAUAUAAUCUGCAUGCUGCCUUAUGUGAUGAUAUGGGAUUGGGGAAAACAAUUUAAACAUUAGUGGUUUUAGCAAAUGAGGUUUUUAAAAGAAGAAAUGAAAACUUGGUGUCCCUUGUUGUUGCACCAAGCACAGUUGUGGAUCAUUGGUAUGCAGAAACAAAGAAGUAUAUAAGUAAUGCUGUUCUGAAACCUCAUAUAUAUGAUGGAAUCUUCUCAGGCAAUUUUAUUAUGGUGUCUUACAAUUAAUUACUAAAAUUAAAUCAAAAUUUCCUAAAUCAAGAAUUUUAUUUCCUAAUCUUAGACGAAGCUCACAUUCUAAAGAAUAGCAAAAAUAAGACCAGUAAGGUAAUACGGAGUUUGAAAGCAAAGCACAAGAUAGUAUUGUCUGGAACUCCUGUUCAGAAUCACCUAUUGGAAUUGUGGUCUCUUUUUGAUAUUCUAUUACCAAAUUAUUUAGGUGAUGAAGAAUAUUUUAAAAAGAAUUUCUCUAAAGCUUUUCACACUAAUAUAUUUUCAUUAACUGAAGAUGAAAUUCUAUUUGAUGAAUAACAAAUCAAGACUUUAAGAUUACUUCACAAAAAGGUUUUACCAUUUAUAAUGAGAAGAACUAAAUAAGAUGUGCUACCACAAUUACCAGCUAAAAUUAUAGGAGAUUAUUAUUGCACUUUAUCAGAACCAUUGCAAUCUUAAAUUUAUUAAAUCUUAGAAUCUAAUUCAUUUUCUACUGAUAUUGAAUAAUAGAUUACUAAAACUUAAGGAGAGUAAAAAAAUAAAGUUUGUGAAUCUGUUCUGAAAUUACUGCAUAAAUUAAGAUAAGCUUUAGAUCAUCCAAUAUUAGUCAGAAGUGUGAUUUUACCAAACAAAAGACCAAAGAAAAAAGUGAAAACAGAAAAUAUUGAGAUGUAAGCUGAAUAAGAAAUAAAUUAACUGUUAGACAAACAAGAAAAACCUGAUAGCUAUUCUCAUUCAGGAAAGAUGAUUGCUUUGAAAGAUAUUUUAUAAUAAUUGGGAUUUUAAUCAACAGAUGAUGCUCCAUAACAAUAAACUCAAGGAGAUUAGAUUACAAUUUAUACUAAUUUUAAUAAAGUCUUGGUUUUCUCUAGGUUCAGAGCUGCCUUGCAAUUAAUAGCUGAACAAUUAUUAAAAACUUAGUUUCCAGGAUUAUAAUAUUUAAUUUUAGAUGGAAGUGUUCCUUAAACUUAAAGAUAUCCUUUGGUAACUAAAUUUAAUGAAGAUCCAGACAUCAGAGUGUUACUUCUUACAACUUAGGUUGGUGGUUUGGGAUUAAAUUUAAGUUCAGCAAAUAUUGUGAUAAUGUUUGAUCAUGAUUACAAUCCUGUAAAUGAUCAAUAAGCCAUGGAUAGAGCUCAUAGAAUAGGAUAAAAGAAUGUUGUUUAAGUGUUUAGAUUGAUUGUUAAGGAUACUCUGGAAGAGAAAAUUAUGGGAAUUUAAAGAUUUAAAUCAGCAAUAUCUAAAGCAAUUGUGAAUUAAGAUAACGCUUCAUUAAAACAAAUGGAGAAAACUGAUCUAUUAUCUAUGUUGGAAUCGACUGCUUAAGGUAAUAAUAAAGGUAAUAUAUAUCUUUAUAUUCAAUAGAAAAAAAUACUGAGGAAGAGCAAAUUGAGAAAUUAAGUGGUCCAUACUCAAAGAUAUUAGGAUAACUUAAAUUGGAUUUAUUAGAACAACUUAAUUUUGACAAAGAGUAUUGA